AUGGGAUACAAACGAACUGCCAAGGUUGCUGCGACAGCCCGUGACAUGCGCUCGACACGCACGAGCACCACCGUCGCCAACCGUGUGACUGUCGCCCCUGUCGCCAAAGUCAAGGCUGCCCACGGCAAGUCACUCGCCAUGAACCGCAAGCGUCUGACUCCCACCGUCAAUAAGCGCCACCCCAUCGUCUGGAUCGACAACACCGGUUUUGACUUCGGUGCCUAUCCCGCCUGGCCGAAGAUGUCGAAGCCCACCAAGCAGACCGCUGCGUCUGUCGAAUCCUCUGACGCUGUGUUCGAUGGUGACUCGACUCCUGGCUCUGCCGACGACAACGCCAUCGCCCCACACGGGAACUUGAACCAUGCCGUCGAGACUCACGACAGUGACGCCGAAGAUGCCAACAUCACCGACGAUGAUGCAGCCGCCUUCGAUGGUGGUGGCGACAGUGACUCUGCUGACCUCGAGGGUCACAGCGACAACUCAGUUGCAGCUGACGCCGCUGCUGCUGAUGUCUCGAAGCGCAUCUCUCUUGACGUCUUCAACUCGCUAGGUUGGAACGCCGGUCUGCGUACUCCGACACGCUCACUCGACCCAGUCGCCUGGUGGCGCACUGUCGAGAUCUCUGACGAGGCUAUGUCAGAAGUCGAGCUCCUCGCCAUCCUCAACCGCCUCUACCCGACAGACCUCGACAAGCGUAACCUUGUGGCGAUCAUCCGAACGAAGGGCAAGAAGAAGGGAUUUCCCUGUCGCAAGAACGAAAAGCACAGCUACGACAUCAAGGCGCGUCAUCCGCCGCGCUGGCAGUGCCGCGACAAGUCGUGCAAGGACAACCUCCCUCUCGGCCAAGCGAUGCGCUGGGUCGCUCAACUCAUCAUCAACGACUGGGUCCCCCGACAGGCUGUGGGCAUCCCGUCUGCCAGGCGGCAGAGCGACACAGCGGACGACAGCCGUCGGGUCACCAACGACAAGCUCGGCGUCGUUCACCGUACCCCACUCAGCAGUGUCACUCCCCCUCGCCGCAUCGACAAGGCAUUCCGCCCACCUCCCGCCAUCAAUCGUCUCCGCUUCGAAGUCCCCGGCAUGUCUCGACUUGUCCGACUUCCUGUCGAGCCUGCCUACUAUCGCACGAGGUGGACAAUCGGUGACGGCAACUGCCAGUUCCGUGCUUUCGCCAAAGCGUACGAUGGAAUCGACCACAUCGCUGCUCGCAAGGCUGCUGUCGACUACAUGUUCGAGAACUUCAAGCAGUUCGAGGCCUUCUACGCUGACGACGAGAUGGAGAAGCAGUACGGCGACUUCGACAUGUACCUCGACGCCAUGGCGAAACAGUUCGAAUACGGCGACCAGCUGACGCUCGCUGCCCUCGCUGCGUCGUACAAGGUCUCGAUCAAGGUUCUUCACAUGUCGCACACUCUCGACUAUGAGUGGGUUGACGGCGGUGACAGCGACAGCGGUCGAGUCAUCAAACUGUUCUUCAACGCCGGCACGAAGCACUACGAGAACCUCGUCGCUGCGAGGGACCUGUAG